CUCCAAGUGGCUCGGCAGAUAUUCCUCCAUCAGCAGCAGCAGCAGCAGCAGCAGCAGCAGCAGCCUCACUCACAUCAAGUCCAGUCUCAACAAAACACUGGCAGCAAAUCUCCCAAAGCCAAUGACAAGCAGCAGAGUCUACAGGUUCCAGUUUCAGUGGCUAUGAUGACACCUCAAGUGAUAACUCCGCAGCAGAUGCAGCAGAUCCUUCAGCAGCAAGUCCUGAGCCCUCAGCAGCUCCAGGUUCUUCUCCAGCAGCAACAGGCCCUCAUGUUACAACAGCAGCAACUCCAAGAGUUCUAUAAGAAGCAGCAGGAACAGCUCCACCUCCAGCUCCUACAGCAGCAACAGCAGCAGCAGCAUGCAGGCAGCAAGCAGAGCAAAGAGCAGCAGGUGUCAGCACAGCAGUUGGCCUUCCAGCAGCAGCUCCUGCAGGUCCAGCAGGUCCAGCAGCAGCAUCUCCUCAACCUUCAGAGGCAAGGGCUGCUCACCAUCCAGCCUGGACAGACCGGCCUGCCACUGCACUCCCUCACUCAGGGCAUGAUUCCAGCCGAGCUGCAGCAACUGUGGAAGGAGGUGACAAAUGCUCACGUAAAAGAGGAGCACAACAACAACAACAACAGCAGCAGCAACAACAAUGGCCACCGGGGCCUUGACCUGUCUUCCCCGGCAACGCCAAAGAACCCUCUUCUCAACCAGCACGCCUCCACCAAUGGCCAAUACAUGAGUCACAAGAGAGAAGGAUCCACGUUAGAAGAGCCUUCUCCCAACAGCCACCCUCUCUACGGUCAUGGUGUUUGCAAAUGGCCUGGAUGUGAAGCCGUGUUUGAUGAUUUCCAUUCAUUCCUCAAGCAUCUUAACAAUGAGCACGCCCUGGAUGACAGGAGCACGGCCCAGUGUCGGGUGCAAAUGCAGGUCGUACAACAGCUGGAGCUGCAGCUAGCAAAAGACAAAGAGCGUCUGCAAGCCAUGAUGACACACCUUCAUGUCAAGUCCACGGAGCCCAAAGCCACGCCACAGCCGCUCAACCUGGUGUCCAGCGUCACACUGUCCAAGUCGGCCCACGAGGCCUCCUCUCCCCUGAGCCUGCCCCAGACCCCAACCACACCCACCACCCCCCUCACGCCACUGUCCCAGACCCACUCCGUCAUCACAGCCAACAGCCUGCACAGCGUGGCCCCCAGGCGACGGUUUUUCUCAGAAAAGUACAACAUGCCCAUCUCUCCAGAUAUCAAUCAGAACAAAGACUUUUACAUGAAUGCAGAUGUUCGACCACCGUUCACAUACGCCUCACUAAUAAGACAGGCAAUCCUCGAAUCUCCAGAAAAGCAGCUAACACUAAACGAAAUCUACAACUGGUUCACACGAAUGUUUGCAUAUUUUAGGCGCAAUGCGGCGACGUGGAAGGGUGCCAUUCGCACCAACCUAUCCCUGCAUAAGUGCUUUGUGAGAGUAGAGGAUGAGUUUGGGUCCUUUUGGACCGUUGAUGAUGAGGAGUUUAAGCGCGGCCGCCAUAUACAGCGAGGCCGCCCUCGGAAAUACGCCACAGACGAGAGCUUUGACGAGCUGCUUGUACAAAGUCCAGCCUUAGUGAAGAACAUUCAGACCAGCCUGGGCUAUGGUCCGACCCUCUCUGCAGCCUUCCAGGCUUCAAUGGCAGAAAACAACAUACCUCUAUACACUACUGCUUCCAUUGGAAGUCCUACCCUCCACUCCCUGGCCCACGCCAUCCGCGAGGAGAUGAAUGGAGCGAUGGACCAUGGAAACAGCAACGGCAGUGACAGCAGCCCGGGACGCUCACCCCUGCCAGCUAUGCAUCACAUCAGCGUUAAGGAGGAACCACUGGACCCUGACGACCAUGAAGGGCCCCUCUCUCUGGUAACGACUGCCAAUCACAGUCCGGAUUUCGAUCACCACAGAGAUUACGAUGACGACCAGGGCCACGACGACAUGCUGUAAAGGCUAAGCAUGCCGGCCCCCUCUCUCCCACCUCCCUCCCCCUCUCCUCCCCAGCCUCAGAGGCCGAGACAGUCUGGGUCAUCUGGGAGACGGAAAAGCUCUCUCCCCAGAUAACAAACACUGAACUGCAGUCUCAGCCACUGAUGACAGCUCUCAAAUGUCUCCAAGUCAACUUUCUAGUGCCAUUACAAUACAUAGCAAAAAGACACUGAGGAA